AUGGCAAUACUGGGGGUCCACAACGGCCGCAGCCGAGGAGGAGGGCGGUCAAGGCGCGGAGGAAGAGGCAGUGGGGCAAGAGGACCACCAAAAAGCGGUGUUCGCCAGGCGGCUGCUUUUGCAUCACCCGUAAUCGGGGGUGGUACAAGUGUCAGGAAGAGACAUCCUCGGGCGGAUUUAACUUCGACAGAGUUGCCGCUCGGCCAAGUGCUGCGGACGGUGGGUGGGCUGGUUGGGGGCGAAGGGCUCAAAGUCUCUGCGGUGGGAAAACACAUCACCUCGCUAGAGGGCGUGCCCUCCGGCGUGUCCUCCCGAGCGACCCAGCUUUUCCUCAGCAACAACAGUCUGCGCUGGUUGCGAGGCGUUGAAGCCUUUUCGGGGGUGGUCUGCCUCUCCAUCUCACACAACCUUGUGCGCCGGACGGAGGACCUCCACCCCCUCUCGCUUUUGGCUCACCUGGAGAUGUUAUCGCUGGAAGGCAACCCCGUGUGCGGUGCCGCCAACUACCGGGCGCAUGUGGUCUCGCUUGCAUCCGCGUGCCUCAAGACGCUGGACGGUAGAGAGAUGCUAGCGGUGCUUCAGGCAGAUAGCUGGCCCGUUUUCGACCAAUCAGAGCUGGAUGUGCUCGAGAGACAGAUCCUCGAAGAGGCUGCAGAGGUGCUCGUGGAUUUUUCGUUUGACCAACUCCAUCUUCCGAAUUUGGGACGCCGGGUAUCUCAAAGCAUACUCUCACCGGCGUCGUUGACAUUCCGACUGUGCGCGUGUGACAUAUUCCCGUGGAAACGGCAUGGCGACCAAGCCGACGUUGUGAAUAGCCGGCGGGCUGCGGGCCAGCGCACGAACGAGCUUUUGGAAAGCGCGGUAGCGACGCUCAAUUCACCUGGCACUCGUAUGUGGGUGCAGGUGCUAGGAGAGGUCCAGCGGCGAACUGAAGGCAAAGUGAGCGACGUUGUCUUGCGCUGCGAGAGUGUCCGUCGGCGGGAGGCGGAACGCUUUCGGCACGUGUCCGGGCAGACGAACACCUUCUUGCAAGACCUCGCGGCCGCCGUCGGCUGCAGCGACAAUCAGUGGGCGGUGCCACCUUGUAAAGCAAGAGCAGUGCAGCGCACCACUGGCGCCAGCGCCGGUGGCGGCGCGCCGAGGAAUACGAGGAAUACAACUCCUUCUAUGCCCCUGGGGGGGUCUAGACCAUCGUCGUCGAUAUCGCUGCCUCAGCCAGCGGAUAAGCCCCGAGUGAGGAUGCUCUCCAGCCCUGAACGUGGCCGGACGGUACGCACGACGCUUAGUCGCAGCUGUCCCGUGGGCAUCGCUGGAACCGUCCCCGUUGCAGACACUGCUCAGUCACCGGAGGCGAUGGCGGAGGAAUCGAUCGUCCUUGAUGCCCCUAACCGUGCAACAGAGAACGGAGGACGAGGUAUGGCCGGGGCUGGAAAACGGGACCCACCGUCUCCGGGACAUGUUGCUCGCGGGAUUGAGGGGGAAUUCGCCACCGGGGACAAGACCGAGGCACUUCGUAGUCGCUCUGCUUCGCCAGUCCUGCUCGGUGCUCAGUCCGAAGCUGGAGCGGUAGGGCAAGGCACCACGGUGGCGGCGGUGGAGCGGGUGCCAGAGGUUGCAGCGGUCGGAAGGGGUCAGAGCCUUAAAUCGAUAACAACCAUGGCCUCCGCGGCAAAGGUUUUGCUAGCUAGAAGAGAAGACGGCGAGAGACUGGGCGGCCCGUUAUCCCUGUCCCCAACGCAGGCAGCUGCAUUGCAAGACCCUUCCAAACAGUCAGCGGUGGCGGGGCGGAGAAAUCCACCAACGGCGGAGGUUGAUGAUCUUGUGGACAGUAAUAGUAACCUGUCCAUUGGAAGAGGCGGAGAUGACAAAGCAGAAACUCAAUUGUCGAGAUGGCGCGCCAGCAACAGGUUCGAGGGAAGACCAGACAGUGCUCCAAGAAUUCUGAACGGGUCAAACACAAGAAGGAGACUGAUUGUUGGACAAAACAGCACUGGAGAAAGCCCUGAAAGGAAUGAAAGGAGAUCAGAGUCCCGCAGAGUCUCUCCUGGUGGUGAGUCGGUGGAGCAGCCACCACAACCUGACGCUAUCGCUUCUCCAGGCGUGUACACCCUCGCCACGGCAGCAAUCACACUCGUUGAUGGCCGUCCCGCGACUGGGCAGCAACAGCUCUACACACCACAGCAAGGGGGCGUCCGAUGGGGUGUUGGGACAUUUGGGAGUGGUACGGUCGGGACCACAGCCGAACAAGGCGAGGAUGGAGGUGCGGAGGGCGAGGUGCGCGCCGGAGGUCACCACGGGAGCACCUCCGAGGCGACAACGCGGCUCCUGCGGGAAGCUCUGCGGGUGAAGCGUGUGCUUGCCGAGAUGGACAAGGCCGACGCUACCGGAUCCGCUAUUGACAACGGCCUCGGAGACGAGGAUCCCGAGAAAUUCCUCGCUACCCUCGGCCUUGUCGAGCUCAAGCCCUUGUCCGCGAGGCUCGUGGAAGCACUGGAACGCGCGCCUCGACCCCUUCUAGGAGAUCCCUCUGUUGCCGUGCCCGAGCCACGCACCACACGGGGGCUACGAGACCAGGUGGCAGCUCUGGGCAAAGAGGUGGCCCAGCGAACGGAAGCGUGCGCCGAGGCGCGAAAGUUGCACGCGGCGCUGCGGAGGCAGGUCGAGGUCACGCGCCGGGCCCGCGCUAGAAACAUGGACAGGGUGGACGUGACCUGCCGCACGCUGAUCGCCAAGGCUGGGGGCGAGGUGCAGGUUCUCCAUGAGUCCAGGCGCGUCGCGCACGAGGCAGAACGCUAUCACGCGACCCUCGCCCGAAUCCAGGAGCAAGUGGAGGCGACCACUGGCGAAACUCGCAAGAUUGUCUCUACCAGCGAAGCCAUUGCAUGGGAACUCCGCGCAGAGAUGGAGGGGCGCGGCGGGGAGCUCUCAUGCCGCAAACGCGAUGCCGAAGAGGGGCUGGCGGAUUGGGAGAGAGCGGCACAAAACGACCCAGACUUGCGAGCCCGCCGCCGGGCCUACGACUGCGAAGUUCUAGCUCUUCGGCACCGGAUGGGUUGCGGCGGCGCCAACAACAUCAGCCUCGCCUCCGCAUUCCACCUCCUCCGCGCCCGCACAGCGCAGCAGCGGCGAGCUCGAGAGUGGUUCGCAAGGUCUACUGCCCGCCGCAACGCACUCCUUGUUCGCUCCGCUUUUACCGCCCUCGCUAGAGGAAGUCGGUGCAGGGCAGCGACGGCGGCGGUGGCCGCCGCUCGCUGUCGGAGGGGCCUGGCCGCUUGGAAACGGGCGGCCACGUUAGCCCGGAAGAUCCGGACGUUGUGCUGGCUGAGGGAGCGGGCGGCUGCCGUGAAGGCCUUACAGGGGUGGCGACAACGGUGUGUGAAGGCGGUGUAUUUGGCGGGCGGCAGCGCCGGGGGUGAGGAUGGGAGGUGGGCGGCUGGGCGAGAAGAGAGGGAGGAUCUAGAGUGGAGGCUAGAGCUGUUUCGAGAACGCAGGGCCAAGAGGGUUGUACUUCAGGCAUGGCGGGCUGCGGCGCAGACGUCGGCGGUGGUAACGGUGAUGCAAGGGGAGGCGAAAUGUGGCUGGGGGCGCGAAGUGGGGCGACGUGGCUGUGCGGCCAUUCAAGAUGAGGUGGCUGCGUGUUCAGGAUGGGGCGCCAGGCUUCGCACUGCCGAGGCCCUCGGGCGUCGGCAUCGGUUUGAGACUCAAAUCGGCUCAGCCUUCCGUUGGUGGCGGCGACAUCGGCAGUGCAAGGUGCUGGCCAGAACGGCAGGUCAACGGCGAGCGAUCCGGCGCUGGAGACACCGGGUGAACGAUAUUCGUUCGUCACACGAGGCUACUGCUGAGGCUCGGGGCAGCUAUGUGCUUUCUCUUGGGAGGCGGGUGCUGGCCGCUUGGUCCUCCGCCGCGGCUACUCGUGUCCGUCGACGUACUGGCGCGGCCUCGCUGGCGUCAGCACUAGCGUUCAGCACAAAGCGGAGAAGCUUCAGACAGUGGGCCUUCCAGGCCGCCGCGGCCGCUCGCGAAGCCGACAACACAGUAGUCGCUUUGGGGCACUAUGGCGACCGAUGUCUCCGCGAUCACCUGCGGGCGUGGUCGGCUUUCGCGAGGGAGAGGUGCGCGUUGCGGCGAUGCGUCGGGCUCCUACUGCGCGGCCGGCGUGUGUGCUUGACGGCGGCGGGGCUGCGUCUCUGGCGGCGACAAACGGCGAAGGCUAGGGACGCAAACCUACGGGAGUGUAGAAUAAUGGCUUGGACGGCGGCAGCUGCCCGACGGCGCCGAUUCGCUGCCCUCUCCGUAUGCUUUUCUGCAUGGACGUCCACCCGCCGCCGCGUGGCGGCAAUCCACUCCCUCACGAGACGGGCCGCAGCACGACGGCGGCGCCUCGCCCUCGCAGUGGGCUUUCGCGCGUUCAGUCUUUCAGGCCGCCGGGCAGCAACCGCCACAGCAGCGGCCACUGCGGAAAGAAGCCACAUCAGCCGUGGUGAAGACACGACUAGGUACAACAAUGGCUACCGGCCGAGAGGAGACAUGGGCGUUGUUGUUGAGGAGGCUACUGCUCCUGUACAAACGGCUAUCGCCGCGAAGGUUGCGCUGGAGGGGAAGCGUGAAGGUGAGGAAGGUGGAGAUGGGGAAGUUGCGGCAGCAGUCGUCGAAGAACCCUUUCGUUCCCGGGGGAGGGGGAAGAUGGGCCCGACGAAGCUCACAGAAAAGGAGAGCUUGCUGAUCAUCAAGCUUCAAGCGGAGACUCGGGAACUGCGGCAAAGAGAGGCGGUGGCGGCGAAGCAGGAGGAACGGCUGAGAUUGGAGGCAGCGCGGAAGGCAGCCGCGACCGCAGAGUCGCUCGAAAGUGCUUUGGCGGAGCGGAACCGGCUGAAGGCGCAGGCAGAGCAGCACGAGGUUCUCUUCGCCCAGCUGGACUCGGAAGCUCAGCAGGCGGCCGCGCAAGCUGCUGCCCUCUCGGACCGGCUCGCGGGAGCCGAGCAAGACCUUGGCUUCGAAGCCACCCGCAACACACAGGAGCUGCGUGAGAGGAACGAGGGCAACGCCCGCCUUCGAGCAGCGGCUACCGCCGCCGAGGAACGCAUCGCUAUCGCCGAAAGCACCCUGCGGCGCAAAGGGCUGGAGAUCGAGGAGUUACGAUCGAAAUGCGCGAAGGCAGGCCUGGAUAUCGGUGGCCGGGGUAAAGGGGGCCGCCAGGGCCGCGGCGGUAGGGCGAGCGAUACAGCGGGGUUAGAAUUUCGAAUUUUUGCUGCCUCGGCGGACGCUCGGUCUGCGCUUGAGAGGUGCACCGUCGCUGCCGACGAGAGGCGCACUGCUGCGGGGUCUGUGCUUGCAGAAGCCUUGCGCGUGGCCGGAUCGGAGGCUGAUACAAUCAAGUCCAACGAGGCAGAAUUUGACUGCACUAGCCACGAAGGAGGAGUGGCGGCGGCCCGACGGAUUGCGGCAGAAAGCGUGGCCGACGAACGACGUGAAGUGGCGGAUCUUGCGUUGCGGGAGGCGGAGGCCAAGCUACGCAACUCCGCCGACCUCAGCCUGCGCGCCAGUCUCGACCACCGACCAUUAGCAAACCCAAGGUCUUUGUUCGAGGAAGGCGCAACUACAACCCCCAGUUCCAAGGUCAAUAGCCCUGUGCCUGGGACUGGUGAUCCCGCUCCUGACAGACCCGAAAACCGAAAGGGAAACCCCAAUCUCAACGGGAACUUCAGAGAGGAGGCCGCCACUGAGCAAGAGCACCCGAUGGAACCACAAGGUGCAUCUCAGCCGGCGCGUAACAAGGACGUUUGCCGAGCUGGGGGCACGAAAGCGACAACGAGAGCGGCAGCCACGCCGAGGGCAUUGGGGAAGCAGGCAGGUGUCCUGAUCCGGAUGUACGAAACGAACAAGGCUUGACGACUGACACCGAUGGUAGGCAACAUCAGCAGCAGGAGCCAGCCCCUAAGGACGGCUUGCGAGAGUUGAAACGGGAGAUUUCCGACCUUGAAGGGAAGAUUUUGGGACGCCUUGGUGGUAGCGGUGGUGGCCAUGAUGACAGACUGACCGAGACGUAUCCUUCCGGAGGUCGCGAAAGGAAUGGAAAUGCUGUCAUAGCAAACUUCCUGGAGAACUCAGCCCGUGGCAUGACAUCCCGGCAUGGUCAGCGCCAGCAGCAGCAGCAGCGGCCCCCACGUAGUCGAAAAGAAGGCUCUCCCUCUACGAUGGUCCGUCGAAGCGUAUGCUCGAGGCCGUCAUUUUCGACAUCUGUGAGGGCAACACGUCGCGGGCGGGAAACAAAAGUGUCGCCUGCUGGGCGCACAAGGACUGACCGCGAUCCGCACGGCGUGGAACGUACAAGGCGUCCCCAAAAGACGGC